GAGGAGACGCCGUCCGUCCUCUUGAGUCGGGAUGAAGCGCGGCCUCCAAGUCGCCGCCUCGCUCUUGCUGUGGCUCGGCGUUCAAGCUCAGAUGAAGAUCCCGCCUGAGACCGUGCAGCAAUGGGCGUCCAUCUUCUCGUCGCAGCUUCGAGAGCUUUCCACCAAGUAUUCCGGAUCGCUUCUUCUGCAAAAGAAACUGAAGGAUGUGGAGCCCAUCAUCAAGAUGGUGGACGUGGACGGAAGCGAUCUGGUCAAGGAUUACGCUGACCAGAUUGAACGCAUGCUGGGCAGCAAAAUGAAGUCUGUCAAGCGACUCGCCGAGUCGGCGGAAGAUGCCGACCUCUAUCACGACUUCAACGCUUCCUUAGAGUUUGACUACUACAACUCCAUGCUGAUCAACACGCUGAACGAGGACGGCAACUCUGUGGAGCUGGGCGGCGAGUUCCCGCUGGAGGAGAACGAGCACUUCAACAAGAUGCCCGUCAACACCCAGCAGAGCACCGUGCAGGUGCCCACCAACGUCUACAACAAAGACCCCAACAUCCUCAACGCUGUGUACAACUCGGAGGCCCUCAAUGACGUUUUUGUGGGCAACUUCCUCAAGGACCCUACGCUCACCUGGCAAUACUUUGGCAGCUCUGCCGGCUUCUUCAGGAUCUACCCCGGCAUCAAAUGGACGCCGGACAGCAACGGCGUCGCAGCCUUCGACUGCAGGAACCGAAACUGGUACAUCCAGGCGGCCACAUCGCCCAAGGACAUCAUCAUCAUGGUGGACAUCAGCGGCAGCAUGAAGGGCUUGAAGAUGACCAUCGCCAAGCACACCAUCAACACCAUCCUCGACACGCUGGGAGAGAACGACUUUGUCAACGUCAUCGCCUACACAGAUUACGUGCGCUAUGUGGAGCCGUGCUUCAAGGGAACUCUGGUCCAAUCCGACCUGGACAACAGGGAGCACUUCAAGAUACUGGUGGAGAAGCUUCACGUGAAAGGAGAAGCAAAGCUCAAGAACGCCAUGAAAGAAGCCUUCAAGAUCCUCAAUGAGGCGCGCGUUUUGGGUCAGGGCAGCAUGUGCAACCAGGCCAUCAUGCUGAUCACCGACGGCGCCAUGGAGGACUUUGAGUCCGUCUUUGAGGAGUUCAACUGGCCCGAGCGCAGGGUGCGCGUCUUCACGUAUUUGAUUGGCCGAGAGAUGACCUUUGCCCAGAACGCCAAGUGGAUCGCCUGCAACAACAAAGGCUACUACACGCACGUGUCGACGCUGGCCGACGUGCAGGAGAACGUAAUGGAGUACCUGCACGUGCUGAGUCGGCCCAUGGUCAUCAACCACGACCACGACAUCAUCUGGACCGAAGCCUACAUGGACACUGUGCUUCCCAAAACCAAGGAGCUGUUCAACACCAAGGCGCAAAGUCUGCUGCUGAUGACGUCGGUGGCCAUGCCCGUCUUCAGCAAGAAGAAGGAGACGCUGUCGCACGGGAUCCUCCUGGGCGUGGUGGGUACCGACGUUCCCCUCAUGGAGGUGAUGAAGCUGGUGCCCCGCUACAUGCUGGGCGCGCACGGCUACGCCUUCCUCAUCACCAACAACGGCUACAUCCUGGCGCACCCCGACCUUCGACCUCUGUACAAGGACGGCAAGAAGCUGAAGCCCAAGCCCAACUACAACAGCGUGGACCUGUCCGAGGUGGAGUGGGAGGACGACGACGAGACGCUGCGGACGGCCAUGGUGAAAGGCGAGACCGGAAGUUACACGCUCAACAUCCGCGCCUCGCUGGAGAAUGGGAGGAGGCCCCUCUUCCUGGUCAACGACUAUUUCUACACAAACAUUGACGACACUCCCUUCAGCUUCGGCAUGGUGUUGACACAAGGUCACGGGAAACUCAUGUUUGUGGGAAACGUGUCGGUGGAAGAAGGGCUCCACGACCUGACCUCUCCCGACCUCAGCAUCGCCUCCGAGUGGACGUACUGCGAGACGGACAUCGACCCCGCCCACCGCAAGUACUCGCAGCUGCAGGCGGCCCUCCGCUACCUGCAGGGCGAGGAGCCCGACCUGGAGUGCGACGAGCUGCUGCUCCAGCAAACCUUGUUUGACGCGGUGGUGACGGCGCCCAUGGAGGCCUACUGGAACGCCAUCAUGCUGGACGACAAGGUGGAGCCCGGCGUGGAGACGGCCUUCCUGGGCACGCGCGUGGGCCUGACGAGGAUCAUGAGAUACGCCGGCGUGGAGACGCGGGUGGCAAAAAAGUUCCUGACGCCCGCGGACAAGGACAACCUGUUUACGGUGGACCACUUCCCGCUGUGGUACCGCCUGGCCGUGGAGAACCCGCCGGGAAGUUUCUUCUACUACCCCAUCAACGACAAAGGCACCAAGUACGUGGUGGCCACUACGUCGGUCACCGUGGCAGCGCAAGGCAAGACAGCCGUGGCCGGAGCCGUAGGUCUGCAGAUGUCCUUGGACGUGCUGGAGAAGGCCUUCUGGGCUGUCACCAAGCAGGCGAGCGACACAGACUGUUCCAAUGUGGAAGGAUUGUGCCCCCUCAACUGCGAAAGUGACGACCUGCGCUGCCUGUUGGUGGACAAUCACGGCUUCAUCUUGCUGUCCAAAGAGAGAAAGGAGGUGGGCCGCUUCAUGGGCGAGGUGGACGGCGCCGUCAUGGCCACGCUCAUCAAGAUGGGCAUGUACAAAAAAGUGUCGCUGUUUGACUACCAGGCCAUGUGCAAGAACAGCCAUCAGCACGCCAGCGGUGCUCCGCGCCACCUGCUCAGCCCUUUCUACAACCUGGCGGCCAUCGUCCGCUGGAUCUUUUCCAAUGCGCUCAUGUUCGUGUUGGACUUCAACCUGUGCGGUUUGUGGCACUCUGAUUACUUUGUGGACGCCAAGGCUGGCUAUCACACCUCUCACAAGCAGAAGAAGGUGGAGGCUCUGGUUCCAUGCGAGACGGCCUAUCCCGGCUUCAUGUAUGACACCUCCGUCAAAGAGGCAAACAGCAUCAUCAAAUGUGGACGCUGCCAAAAGAUGUUUGUGGUGCAGCGUGUCCCAGACAGCAACUUGCUGGUGGUGGUGACGGAGGCUAACUGCGACUGUUCUCGCCAAUACAGCCCCAUCCCGCUGGAGGCCAAAGAGAUCAAAUAUAACGCCACCGUUAAGUGCAACAGGAUGAAGUCGCAGAAAGUACGCAGGCGCCCUGAGUCUUGCCACGCCUACCACCCCAAGGAAAACGCCAAGGACUGUGGGGGCGCGUGCACCAUCUCCCUGUCAUUGAGCCUUUUCUGCGCCUCCCUGCUGUUUUCGGGUACCCUUCUCCUUAUGACAUAACCACAGCAAGCGGCCAUUCAGGAGGCGGAAGCAGACCUGAAGCAGGAAAUCAUUUGGGGGGGAUGUCAAUUGUCAAGACCAACCUGGUUUCCGGUCGUUUCUAUGGCUUUUCACAAUGAAGGUUUAGCAGCGUUUUGCUGUUGAGGCAAAAAGACAUUUAUGGGACGUUUGGCGCCCUCUGCUGGACAGAUUCCUUCAUAGCCAUAGCUUUGACUUUUUUGUCUCCUUCAAAAAAAAAUCUUGAACGGUGAUAUACUGCCAAUAGAGUUUUUCCACAAAAACACGGGGAUUAAGUAGCAACCCCAUAAUUUAAAAAAAAAAAAAGUAUAAAUAAAAUAUUUCUAUAAAUGUGUGUGUGGGGGAGGAUACGCCAUUAGGUGAACCCACAGUUGUCGAACGGCAAGGAUGAAGGAGAUCUUUUUAUUGUAUUCUUUUUCUUGUUAUAACUUUAUGCAACCUAUUUUCCAGUCUCCAGAGAUUGUUAUAAAUAAAACCAAUAUAUUUCUAUCAUAGAGACUUCUGUCUCUCCUGUCGGCCAGCAGAGAAGCAAAAGUAGUGUAACACCUUGCAGUAUUCUGUUUGUUUUACUAAAACACUUCUAGUAUCAUUAGGAUUGUAUUCAGUAUAUAUUUUCUUUUGUUUAUUGUCAAUAUCUACCUGGGCAUUUAGGACCUAUGUGGUGUGCGUGGUGACGUCACACCACGUGGCCGACCAUUCUCGCUCUGCAUGUGGCUGAGGUAAGACACGAGCUGCGCUCUCUCGAUUUCGGCUAAUUAAAGGAAUACGACUCCACAUUACGGCAAAAGGGACGUGAUAAAUACUUGGGUAGAGAUUUCCUGUGAUUUGGGGUUCGCGUUAUAGUCGCCAGGUGACGCUUUUGAGCUAUCACCGAGCGACGAAAUGAGCUAAUGCUGCUAACGCCAAUUAGCGCUUGUGCUAAUGUUGCUAACGUCAAUUAGCGUGCAUCUUUUUUAUUUACUUCUGACUUACGAGAGAUCCGGGAAGUCCUUCGCAGUUGCACGACGUGCUCACGAGGCAUUUUGUGCACAAUGAUGGUAUGAUGAUGUUUUUAUUGUACAUUUAGUUUGUGUCUUCAGUGGUGUCGUGAUCCCUUGGAGAAUGACAUGAAGAAAAACCCGUCAUCUCUAUUUGCUGCCUCGUAAGACGUUAUUCUUUGGCUACUUUGUCUACUGCUACCUCUUAAAUCAUGCCCAAGAGCUAUCCACUUUCUAAUAGGAAGAAAAAAAAAGUAGAAAGGUCUGUUUGGACAAAGAACGUUUUUGUCUACAACAUUGUUGAAAUUUUAUUCUGAAACCCUGAAUCCAAAAGAAUUUUGAAUAAAUACAGGAAAUGUUCCUCUUUUUCUUUCAUGUCAACUUUGCUGUUUAAAAAAAAAAUUUGAGUAACUCAAACCGUCAAAAUGUUUACAUCAUGUCACAGUAGGCUGUAGCACCAUGUCAUGGUCUUCAUUUGAAAAUUGGGGGAUAAAAGAAAAAACAUAAUAAAAA